GUUCUUUUGAGAGAGAGAGAGAAGAGGAUUGCGUGUGUUUCACACCAAUAAAUUCCUUUUUUUAAUACUAUUUUACUGUUUUUCUUGGUCUUCAAUUUUAUUAGUUUCUGGUUUGAUCCCUUUUGUUUUCCUCUGGUUUUAUCACUGUCUCUCGUUCCGUAUAAAUCUGACUACGUCUCCUCUUUUCGCUGUAUUUCCCAAUAAUCUCGUCCCUUUCAGAAUCAAGAGAGAGAGAAGAAAGUGGAAAAAGGGAGUGUAUGUGAGAGAGAAGAGAAAGAACCCACCAAAAAGUUUUCAUUUUUUUUUAAAUUGUAAAAAGCGAAGCUUUCGUUUGUAUAAAAGACCCACUAAACACCUCUCUAGCUUCUCACACAUCAUUUCAUCUCCUCUCUCUCUGUCUUCUAAGGUUUUUAAGGGUUUCUGAGAUUUCAAUUUUUCUCUUUUGCGCUUCACAAGUCGACAUCUUUUAGUAUUUUUUCAAGUGUUUUGGUCAAAGAACGCAAUUUCUCUAAAAACAUAAUGGACGGUUGUUCAAGAAACGGGGAAAUCUCUCCAAAGCUGCUCCAUUUGAUUCCACAAGGAAGAAGAAAUUGGUUUCACGAUGACAACACCUCUGUUUACAACACGGAAGAGAAGAAACUUGAGCUAAAGCUUGGACCACCUGGAGAAGAUGAAGAUGAAGAUGGUGCAUCGAUAACAAGACACAUCAAGAAAGAACCAAAAGACAAAUCUAUCCUUUCCCUCGCUGGCAACCACUUCUCUCCUUCUUCCACCACCAACAAAACCACAUCUCAGAAAAGAACUGCUCCUGGUCCAGUGGUGGGUUGGCCUCCGGUUCGAUCAUUCAGGAAGAAUUUAGCCAAUGGAAGCUCUUCAAAGCUUGGAAACGAGUCCAGCUCCAAUGGUGGUCUCCUCAAGAACCAAAAGUGUGAAGAUGAUAAUGGCCGAGGAAAGCCAAUGGAACCAAAGAGACAACAAGGAGGCAUGUUCGUGAAGAUCAACAUGUAUGGUGUUCCCAUUGGUCGUAAAGUCGAUCUCAAUGCUCACAAUAGCUAUGAGCAGCUAUCUUUCACAGUCGACAAGCUCUUUAGAGGUCUUCUUGCAGCUCAAAGAGAAUCAUCAUCUUCUGGAGAAGAAGAGAAACCAAUCACUGGAUUAUUGGAUGGAAAUGGAGAAUAUACUCUUACUUACGAAGACAAUGAAGGAGACAAGAUGCUUGUAGGAGAUGUCCCAUGGCAUAUGUUUGCAUCUUCGGUGAAGAGGCUGCGUGUGAUUAAAAGCUCUGAGAUUUCUUCAGCGUUAACAUAUGGAAAUGGUAAGCAGGAGAAGAUGAGAAGCUGAAGAAAUAACUUUUACAGCAUAAACAAGUAGAGAUGUUAUUAUUUUGCUUUUGCCUUUUUAACUCUGAUGAUGAGUUUUGGUCUUGAAAAGUUUCUAAUUCAAGUCUGAUGUACAUUUUGGUUUGUUACAUCUUCUUUUGACCUUUGGGAUUUUCAUAGAUGAGUUUUGUUGGAAUUCAAGAUCAGACAAUGAAAAAAGAUGAUUUUGGGUCUUGAGUUAAAUUAUACAGAACCUUUUAUGCAUUAUAGUCUCUCUUCUGUUUAACG